AUGGCCAUGGAGGUGGUGAAGAUUGGAUUGCAACAACUGAAGGGACUUGGCCCUGAGCUUUUAAGGUACAAGGGUCCCAUACACUGUGCUCGCAUGAUAAUCCAUGAGGAAGGACUUCUUGGGGUCUGGGCAGGGGCUGCACCAACUGUUAUGCGCAAUGGGACAAACCAGGCUGCCAUGUUCACAUCUAAGAAUGCAUUUGAUGUAGUCCUGUGGAAGAAACACGAUGGAGAUGGGAGGGUCCUCCUACGACGGCAGUCCAUGGUAUCAGGUUUCCUGGCGGGGUCUUCCGGUCCUGUAUGCACGGGACCUUUCGAUGUUGUGAAGACAAGGCUGAUGGCUCAGAACCGGUCUGGAGGUGACCUGGAAGUAUAAGGCAUGUUCCAUGCCAUCAGAACCAUAUUUGCAAAAGCGGGUCUGCUUGCCCUGUGGAAAGGACUGAUGCCCAGACUCAUGAGGAUCCCCCCUGGUCAGGCCAUCAUGGGGGCUGUGGUUGACCAAGUUACAGGCCUUUACGAAAGGAGACAUAUUGCAUGA